AUGUCUGUUGAUAAGGCAGGGCUAGUUGCUAAUUCCUCACGUGAACAGUCACAUGGUUCAUCAGAUAAGGAUCAACUACAUCAUACUACCACCACUGGGAUGUUUUCCAAUGAAGAGAUACAGACUCUAAGGCGUUUGCUAUCACAACUUGAAUCGCAAUCCACCACAGUUGCCUCUUCCAAUUUCAUCAACUCAGGUAAUGCUUUUCUAGCCAAUCUUAAUAAUUCUUUUUGGGAAAAGAAAAAGUUCGCACUGCGGAGGGAUCCUUAUCCGAAGUUUCUGGAACAGGGAGAGCAUAGGAAGGAAGAGGUGUAUUUUCCCUCAUCCUCAUCCUCUCACAACCUUCAAUUUCAGGGGGAGAAUCUAGAUUUAGAGCCUAUAUCUAACAAUGAUACUCAGGGGGAGUCACCUAAAUCUCGAGAAAGACUAAAAAGGCCAGAUUUGAGAAUAUAUACUCGGCGAAACAAGACAGAUAUAGCCAUCGAGCAGAAGACUGCUGAUCAACUGGAAUCCUUGGAUUCAAUUCCUGGAUAUCUUGAGGACCAUGAAUGGAGGCAAGCUAUAACUGCUACUGGAUCUGCAUGUAUUGCUGCUUUAUCAGUCGAGAGAUAUCUUGUUAGCAAUGAUCUACAUGUGGAGUUCCGUCAGCUAACUUCACUUGUUUUUCAUGAUUCUGUAUUACGGCCUCCAACACAAGAGGUUAAGAAGGAACCAACUGACAGAGACGUUCAAGAGGGCUUUGACAUUACACUUACAAAGCAUAAGGGCCAAUACGCUCUGCGAAAGUUGUACCAUGAAAGUCCACGGCUCAUAUGUGUACUAUAUACAGCACCAACUUGUGGUCCGUGUAGAACUUUAAAGCCAAUUCUUAGCAAGGUGAUUGAUGAAUUUGAUCAAAAUGUGCAUUUUGUUGAAAUUGUUAUGGAGGAAGAUCCAGAAAUAGCUGAAGCAGCCGGAAUUAUGGACAAGGACCUGCUCAGAACUGUAUCUGGAGUCAAAAUGAAGAAAGUACAGAGAAUUCAUUGAAGCAAAUACAUGAGAGGGUAUUCUAAGCAAUGAAUUUGCAGUUGCCAGCAGUUUGUCAUUCAAUUUUGUUCCUAGCAAAGGGUUAUAGCCAAAUAAUGCAUUAUAAUUCUUACGUCGAUACUUUGUAUUGUUAAACACUGCAGUGUAGAUUAUACAUGCAGACCUUCCAAAGCAAUUUUAAAUAUAAAAUUCCAUUUUUGUAUUUCA